AUGCAGCCCCUCACUCAUCUCAACCCGCUCUUGCACGCACAGCGUCUCAAUCUUGUACAUCACAAGACACCCGCGACAGCAGACAAUGCCACCAACACCAGCAUGUCUCCCCACCCCAUCAUUCCAGCCAAGCGGCGUCAACCACCCUCCACAUCCUCUUUUGCACAACCAGAGGCAUCCACCAGCGCAUUGAAGACACCCGCACCUGUGACCACACCCGCAACCACAUCCGCGUUUACCGCAUCACCGUCUUCCCAUGCGAAGAAGCCGCUUAAGAAGAAGGUUGCGUCUUCCAACGACGACACCCUUGCCACUCGAAUGCAGCCCCGACUUUCCAAGACCUCGUGGCGCAGAGCCCAAUCCUAUCAACACGCAGAUCUGAACGGUCCCUCUCGUCGAACCGUCCUCGAAUGGUUGCCUCGCGAGGUCGUAUUCAUGAUUCUCCACCUCCUCUCAUUUCGUGACAUUCAGAGCCUUGUUCGAGCCGACAAACGCUUACGUCCGCUCAUCCACGCCAACUCUUUUUGUCCAUGGAGAAAAACACUUUCUUCCUUCCUGCAUCGUCAGCGUUUGUACGACGAGUCCAUAGCGCUCGAAGAAGAAUCUCUGUUCGACGCAAACGCAAACGCAAACGAGGAUGACCGUGACAGCGAUCACGAGGACCAAAACAACCCAACCGGCGCCAACCCAGCGGGACCUGACACUCACACCCACGCCGCUGAUGUCGCCAAUCCAGCACACGCGGAUCAGUUGCAGAUCGAACAAAACUUUCUCAAGGCAUAUACAGAUCUUGUCGUCGCCUUACAGCUCAGAAGCGCCCCGACCGAUCUACUUGAACUCGUCCCUUGCCUCACCCGACUCUGGCACGACCACCCCACCUUUGACCUCAUCCGCAAAUGGUGUCGUGACUUCGUCGUGGGCCGCACCACGGCCCAUCAGCUCUUUGAUGCCCUCGAUCGCGUCGUUGCAGUCGAGGUUAUAUGCAGUGUCCGCCUGUAUCUCGCUGUCGUAAGCAUCACCCGCGCCUUCUCUCAGAAUCUGGCCCCACUUCAAUCGGUCCGUAUUCUGGACUAUGACUGCCGCACCGCCAUCAAUACCUUUUUCCAGCCUGAUCGAAUCCUACCCACACCGGGCACCCAGCUGUCGUUCCAACUCACUCAUGAACAAGACCGCUUCGUGCGUCGGGACGUGCGCCCCGGCGAACUCGUCAAGGUGCAAGCAUUUGCAGGUACGGGCAAAACUAGAUCUCUUCUCGCCUAUGCAGAGCGGCGUCCACACAAGCGCUUUCUCUAUAUUGCCUUCAACAAAGCCGCAGCAGAAGAGGCGCGUCGUCGCUUUCCGGAGCAUGUCCAAUGCCGCACCAUGCACUCGGUCGCUCUCUGUCAAGUCGUACGUACAGCAGGACAGGAAAUUGGGGACCUGCGAGCACGAGAUGUGGUGCGUCUGCUUGGCGAGAGUCUUCCUGAAGGACAGCUGGUGCGCUCCCAAGCCAUGGCCACCCAAGGAGGCGGACGUGAUCACCGUCUCACGCCCACCGCCGUUGCCACCUACGUGCUCGCUACCCUCCAGCGCUUCUUUUACUCGGACGACACUACCAUCAACCCCGACCGUCACGUCCCUACAAAAGUAGCCACCGACACCGAUCUCAAGGUCCGCGCCGUGGCCAGAUGCGCACAGGAGCUGUGGGACUCUAUCCGACAGGGCUCCCCCGAUCGCAAUGGCAAGUCCGUCAGGUGUCCACACGACGCCUACGUCAAGCUGCUUCAGCUGCAAGCUCCGCAUCAUUCCGAGAACUUCUUCAGGGCCUUUGACGUGCUCCUGCUCGACGAGGCCCAGGAUCUGUCGGCAGCCCAGGUCUCGAUCCUACUGCGAGCCAAAAAGCAUUGUGGCAUCCUCAUUGUUGGUGAUGUUUUCCAGAAGAUCUACGGCUUUCGCGGGGGUACCGCAAAGGCUUUCAAUGAGCGUCUCUACCCAUCUUCGGCCCACUUUCAGCUCACAAAAAGUUUCCGUUUUGGAAAUGCAGUUGCCAAAAUUGCCACCGAGAUGCUCGGUCUUCGCAAGCCUGCGCCCUGGGAGAAGGCAGCCGCCAAGCCUGUUCUCACUGGCGCUCUAGGCAUGGCCGACCGCGUCUAUGCUGACGCCAGCGUGUUCCAGGCCCAGCUCGAACCACCACCGCCGACGACAGAGCCGACACAGGAGCACGAUCAUCAAAGCGUCGCGAACGGGGCACCAGCCGAGAUGCAGCCUACACAAGCAGCAGCCAUAGCAACAACCGAGGCCGACCAGAUGGGAGAAGGGCGACACGCCGUGGCUCUCCAGGUCGGAUCGGUGGGAAGGAUUGGCCGUAGCGAAGAGCUGAUCCCUCAUACGCGCAUCUUCCGAUCCAAUCGCAUGCUCUGUCUCACUGCUUUGGCGCUAUCCGCCUCGCUGCCGCAACCCCACCGUAUCUUUCUCAAGACGAGCCAGGCGUUGCAGCCCGAUGCCAUCGUGACGCUGCUCCGCGACGCGCACAUCCUCUACCACAAUGACUCGAGGUCCAUGUCGCGCAACUCGCUCUUGCGCGACUUUGCCAGCUGGAAGGACCUCGUGCAGCGCGUAGAGGCCGAAGGCUCGGGCGAGAGCAAGCUGAGUCUUGCAGUAGCGCUAGGUAGCCUCUUGGCGAGCAACGACUUUCUCGACCAGGUGGCUCAGCUGGAAACGCGCUUUGCAGACACUGAGGAUGCGGCUACGGUGAUUCUGACCACGGUGCAUCAGGCCAAAGGUCUCGAAUGGGACUGCGUCCAUGUCGAGGACGACUUUCGGCCGGUGUUUGGCAGCGACAAGACGCAAAGAGUCGAGGUGGCGAGCUACUUGCAUCAGGACGAGCUCAACCACCUCUAUGUGGCUUUGACGCGCGCCAAGCGUCAGCUGGUGGUGAGCAAAGUGGUGCUGCAGUGGAUCGCGGCGAUGCGUGGAUUGUAUCGGUAUAGACUUUUGACGAGCAACAGUCCUACGAGUCUGGGCAAGGCGGGGCUGUGUCCUCACUGCAAUGCGUCCAAGCAUCCGCUGGUGGUCAAGGAGCACCGGCUGGCAUGUUUUGACUUUCUGAAUCCACGAUGCAACGAUGCCGCCACCGGCUCGUCUCUGCAAAAUGCUAGCGUUGGUGCGGUAACGGAUCCAGCACCACUUACACAGGUUGUGGGGUGCACGGGCUGCCUCUCGGACUCCAAUUCUGCUGUGCACAUGGACUCGCUCAUCGAUCCCGAUCUAGCCCUCUUCGUCGCAACUGCACCCAAGAUCACUCGCCAACGUCCACACGCUCCAAAACAGUCUGAUGCGGAUACGAGCGCCAGCAGCGACAAGAAGGCGGCUACAGCGACGGCUGCUGCAGCAGCAGCGGCAGCGUUCAAAGUGGAUUCGGCAAAGCAUCCAUUCUUAAAAGCGGACCAUCGGUCGAUGAAGUGGGCUAUAUGGCAUCAUGAGUAUAAGCGGACGGUGUAUGGGUGGUUUGAGGACUAG